AUGUCUCUUAACGGAAUUGCAUCUGCCACAUUUGCUGCGCGAGCGGCUUUUCCAGCCAAGACAUGUUACCAAUUGUACGGCCCUUCGGAGUCCUUCUCGGCGCUCUUGAGGAAGGAGAUUACGCCGGAUUUGUACACUCCAGCCACAACGGCUCCAUCUAAGACGGCCAAAUAUAUCGGCCAAAACUUGGCAGCGCAAGCUUUGACGUACGUGAAGCAGAUUAAAGCUGCCGUACCAGAAUUUUUAUACGAGCUUGGAUCUCAGAUCUCUCGUAAAGAGUUUUUAACCACCAAAGGCAUCUUCCGCCUCCCAGGCGGGCUUAAGCAGAUCCAGCUGCUGGAGAAAAAGAUCGAAUUACCCAACGCUGAUGUGAAGGGGCUGCUCUCUGAGGUGGAGGACUCUCGAGUCCUCACCGGACUACUAAAGGUCUACAUAAAAAACCUUCCACAGCCCAUCAUCAACUCCAGCGAAUUGAACGAAUUCGAAAGAGCACUAGACAACGACGAAACCUUCAUGCAAUUGGCAAUGAUCAUGCCGGAUAUGCAUCUCAAUGUCCUGCGAUAUAUUUUAAGGAUAUUGAGAGCCAUUGCGGCAAGAAAAAAGGUCAAUGAGAUGAACGCCGAGUAA